UAGUGGUAUCGUCCCAAGAUGGCAGCCUCCCUGUUGCAACGCUGUUUAGGAGCUGUCAAAUGUAUCCACAAAUGUGGGACUUACAGUUUUAUAGACAGAAGAUGUCUACUUUCAGCAGCAUACACAGACACCAAAUUAUGGGAGGAGAGAGAGAAAGAUCAUCAGAAUCUGGCAUUGAUGGCCGCCUUGAUGGACAGGAUUUAUGACCGAAACUUCCCUGUCAGCUCGCUGACAAUAUCACGGUUUGUUGACAACAUAUCGUCAAGAGAAGAGGUUGAUCAAGCAGAGUACUAUCUUUAUAAAUUUCGCCACAGCCCAAACUGUUGGUACCUCAGAGACUGGACCGUCCACAGCUGGGUGAGACAGUGUCUCAGAUACGGGGCCAGAGACAAGGCCUUACACACCCUCAAGAACAAGGUGCAGUAUGGAAUGUUCCCAGAUGGUUUCACGUUCAACCGGCUGAUAGAUUCCUUCAUUAAAGAUGAAGACUUCAAAGGUGCCUGUUCUGUCGUGGAAGAGGUGAUGCUUCAGGAGUCUUUUGAUCUACCAUCAACACAGAUCUUGUCCAUGUAUGCGCUGAGCGGUUACCUAGCAACCAAACCAGAGCUCAGCGUGUCAGAGCAGAGGGCUCUGGGAGCAGCACUGCUGAUAUGUGGUCUGAAGCAGGACAACUCUACAGGCCUCAGCGCUCAACUGUUGGGUUGUGCUCUGUUAGGUAAGGUGGAGAUGGUGGCUGGGAUCCAUGCUGUGUUCAGGGGCAUGCCUCUGAUGUGGACCCCAGGGUAUCUGGGCCAGGCCCUGGCCAUUAUGGAGAGAGUAGCUGCCGCUCCUGGAGAAAGAAAACUAUCAAAGGACGCCGUUGAUUACCUGGAGGGCCUGCUACAGGACCUCUCCUCUGCCUUGGACUCCAAGUCCUCCUCUGAGGACGAGUUAGGAGGAGGGGAUGAAGGAGGAGGAGGAAUUUCUCAUUUUGAGAAGGAGCUGAGUGGGCAGCUCCAGUCUGGGGGUAAGGUGGACCCUAGUCCUCUGCAGGUGCUGGUCUCCAGCCUGGUCCAGCAGGGCCUGGCCUCAGCAGAGGGCCCUGACAUGGAGCAGUACCAGAGGAAGGUAGGGGAGUGGGAGGCAGAGAGGCAGCAGCUCAUCAGAAGAGAGAAGGAGAUGAGGGAGAGGGCUGAGGAAGAGAGACAGGCCCGUCAGGCAGCCAAGGCAGCCGCACAAUAGCGCUGAACACACAGCUGGAGGGUGUUCAUGGUGCAUUCCUUGCAGUGUAUACCACCACAAAGCAUCAAUACAUAUUACUGGUACUUUUUCAUAACCUGUGGGGUCCCUACAUCUUCUGCAGUGAAACAUGCAUGAAAAGUGAGGGUCGUUUUUGAAAUAUAUUAUAUAAUCUGUUGUCUCCUGAAAUCAGUUUAUUUCAUGUAACCUUUUUGUUUGUGUCUUUUGUACAAAUGCCAUUCACAGUUUAGCAGUGUACCGUGAACAACAUGUCAACUCCCCAUGAUAGAAGUUUGUCUGUAUUAAAUUAUCAUGAUCAACAAAUAA